CGACUGUCGUAUCAGUUCAACACGAGACUUCGGUGUUCAUAGUUGGUGGGUUGUGCCGUUUCUAACCUAACCUGUUGAGCGUCUCUGUGCGUCCUUUGAACGAUUUCUGGUAUUGUAACGCAUUCCAUCGUUUGAAUCAGACGCAACUGUUGCGACGAAAAAGCUACCAAAAUGGGUUGCGGAAUGGGAUUGGUCAAAACUCUACUCUUCGUAUUCAAUUUCAUUUUUGCGGUAUGCGGGUUGGGUAUCCUAGCUGUAGGUGUCAUCGUACACUUAGAGCUGGCAAGUGUCUCCCAACACCUCGAUACCAAUAUUAUGUUCCCAUCGAUAACGUUGAUUGUCCUUGGUAGCAUAAUAUUUGUGAUAUCGUUUUUCGGAUGUUGUGGUGCCAUUCGCAGCAGCCAUUGCAUGAUUGUUACCUUUGCCUCGAUGCUUAUGUUCAUCUUGCUGAUUCAAGUGGCAGUCGCAGUUUAUGCUUUCGUGGUCAUCAAGCAAGUCGAUCCUGACACUGUCAGGAAGGGUUACAAUGAGUUAUUCCAGACUUACCCCACGGAAGUGCAGAACAGAGAAAUUGUAGAUAUCGUUCAAGCUGCUUUCAAGUGCUGUGGUGUCGGCUCUAAGACCGAUUACUCUCCUCAUGAUAACUUCAAUGGUACUAUUCCCUGGAGUUGUUGCGGUAAACCUGAAGGACAGAGUUGUUCAAUGAACGAAUCGUACGAUAAGGGUUGUGCGCAAGAAUUGGAAUCUGCGCUGAAAACAGCGGGAACCUUAUUGGGUGGCGUUGCAGUUGGUAUUGCCGGAGUUGAGUUGAUCGGCAUCAUUUUCGCACUUUGCCUGGCGAAUUCCGUCAGGAAUGCUGAACGCAGAGGUUACAGAGUGUGAGAGUUUUAAUAAACAUAAAAGAAAGUAUAUAUUGCAUAAAAAGUAAUAUAAUUGAUAACACUACCAUUAAAUGACUUGAUUGUAAGAUCCGGUAGAGGUUACUGAUACUACAAACAAGACAAAUUUACACAAUUGUUUUUAUUACAACUGAUAGAAGUGCAAAUUCUAGAGCGAGAAAGUGCCUUUCGUUUCAGCUUUUUGUGUAUCAUUUCUCGUUUGAAUAUCGAACCUUCUUGGUGUGCGAUGUCGAACGUAUAAACAUAUUGUUUAACGUGACUUUGUUUUUUUAAUUUUUAUAUAUUUCUAUGAAAUUGGAUAUAUUACUUACGUAGAUGACAUAGUAGUAAUAUGUAGUGAUAUAUACGAAGAUCGCGAUAACCGGUGCAAAAUAUUUAUUUUUAAAGGCUUGGUAAUUUUUUUUUUUU